CACUAACGAUCCCCACGGAACAAUGACAGGAGCCUGCGUCACACCCAGCUCCAUAUGAUGUAUGAGCGGAAAGGCUUGGCGCAAGCAGCCAUCUGCCAGAUGAACCUAUCCGUUCCGCAAGAAUACGGCGACUAGAGGGUGCCUUUGAUUGCCCGCUGCGCGCUCCGGAACCUUUGCGGUGCCAGGCGCAGGCGCAUCCCGCGCCAAUGGCCAGUGAUGGGGUUGCGUCAUUUCCAGUGCUUCUGCUGCCAGCAGUGUGAAAGAACGAAUAUAAGAACUUGCUGCAGGCUACCUUCCUCCCCUCACUCCCUGCACCCUUGACAUCACCCCUCCACCAUAUUCCCUAGCUUUACUUUUCCUCUAAGCGCUACGAGACCGACUCGGCAAACAUCCCGACAGAAUGUCUGAGACUCCGAUCCACUCCACCGGUCGCGGUGGUGCCGGCAACAUUGGCCCUGAUCCGAACGUCUACAGCGAUGCGGGCAUCGUCCGCGAGGGCAUCCAAGGCGAAGGCGAGGGCGAGUUCUCCACUGGCCGCGGCGGCGCAGGCAACAUCGCCAAGUCUCCGCACCUAGGACCGCAAGACGAGCCGCGUCGCUCGCAAGACUUCAUCCCCGAGACGGCGCUCCGCCAGCCCCAGGAGAACUUCCACACAGGCCGCGGCGGUGGGGGCAACGUUCACAAGGAGAAGUACGGCGGCCACAGCCAUUCUCCAGACCGGAAGGGUCCCAUGGACAAGAUCAAGCACGCGCUUCACCUAGACAAGGACAAGAAGCAGGAGCCUUCUCCUCUUGCUCAGGGGGAGAGCAAGGACUAAGUGCGAUCCAACACUACUCGAGAUACCCUGCGUGAAUGACUUGUAAUGGUAUGGGGAUUGGCGCAUACGAUGUAGACGGGAUGGUUUUUAAUGGGGAUGAUACCUCUAGGCUGAUGGCCUCUUCGGGGCACUGCCUUAUUUCCUUUCCUUACUACUAGAAUCUCCAUCGAAGGAUUCGAGAAAUAUCUGAUUGCUGGUGGUCUGAUCAUGUGUCGUGAAUGCUGCGCAGAGCAGCGCAUAGCGGGGGAGGGGCAAUCACAUGGCCUGUGCGCAACAACGUGGGACCCUCGCGUCAUUUUUGCUUGUGAAAAAUCUAGUCGACCUAGG